GAAAAAAAAAGUUAAAAAUUCCCCAACAGUUGGUGCAAACACGUCCCCAGCAGUUACUACAAUCACUUUCUCUCUCUCUAAAAAGCAGGAACACGAAAAGAUAGAGAGAAUGUGAAAAAGAAAAGCAAAAAAGGAGGAAGCAAAUCGAAGCUUAAGCUAAGAUGCUAAGAUUUACUCUCUUAUGGCUUCUCGUUUUCUUUUUAUCUCUCUCUUCAUCUUCAGCUCGGCCUGCACCUUUUGCUAUGCGCAUAAGCUGUGGCGCUCGUGAAAAUGUCCAAACCCCACCAACCUAUGCACGUUGGUAUAAAGAUUUUGCAUACACAGGGGGGAUUCCAGCUAAUGCAACACUACCAAGUUUCAUCACUCCUCCACUAAAAUCUCUUCGCUAUUUCCCUCUAUCUGAAGGUCCAGAAAAUUGCUACAAUAUUGAUAGAGUACCAAAGGGGCACUAUUCUGUGAGGAUUUUCUUUGGAUUAGUUGCACAGCCUGAGUUUGAUAAUGAACCUCUAUUUGAUGUAUCUGUUGAAGGCACCUUAAUUCAUUCUUUGAAUUCAGGUUGGACUAGCCAUGAUGACCAGGUGUUUGCUGAAGCCCUUGUGUUUCUUUUGGAUGGCACAGUAUCUAUUUGCUUCCAUAGUACUGGUCAUGGAGAUCCAGCAAUUAUUUCUAUUGAAAUUCUUCAAGUUGAUGAUAAAGCUUACUUUUUUGGUCCAGAGUGGGGUAAAGGUGUAAUCUUGAAAACAACUUCAAGACUGACUUGUGGCACAUCAAAGCCAAAAUUUGAUGAAGAUUAUAGUGGGGAUCAUUGGGGUGGAGAUAGAUUUUGGAACCCCAUCAGAACUUUUGGCCAAAAUGCUGAUGAACCAAGAUCAACUGAGAGUAGCAUUAAACAAGCUUCAGUUGCACCAAACUUCUAUCCAGAAGCCCUUUACCAAAGUGCUAUUGUUAGUACUGAUAGUCAGCCAGAUUUAGCUUAUACAAUGGAUGUGGAUCCCAAUAAGAACUACUCGUUAUGGUUACAUUUUGCAGAGAUUGAUGCUACUAUCACCGGUGCAGGGCAAAGGGUAUUUGAUGUCCUGAUUAAUGGUGACACUGUAUUUCAAGACAUAGAUGUUGUGGAGAUGAGUGGAGACCGCUAUACUGCACUUGUACUUAACACAACUGUUGCUCUUAGUGGAAGGACUCUGACAAUAACCCUUCGCCCUAAAAAUGGCAAUCAUGCUAUCCUUAAUGCCAUUGAGGUCUUUGAAAUUAUAGCUGCAGAGUUCCAAACUUUACCAGAAGAAGUUAGGGCUUUACAGGCAUUGAAGAAAGCAUUGGGGCUUCCUAAUCGUUUUGGGUGGAAUGGAGACCCAUGUGUUCCCAAGGAGCAUCCAUGGAGUGGAGCAGAUUGUCAUUUUGAUAAUUCUGGCAGCAAUUGGUUCAUUGAUGGCCUUGGUCUUGACAAUCAAGGUCUAAGGGGUUUCUUGCCUAAUGAAAUAUCCCAACUACAUCACCUGCAGAACUUAAACUUGAGUGGAAACUCAAUUCAUGGGACCAUUCCGUCGUCACUUGGAACAGUCACCAGCUUAGAAAUAUUGGAUCUCUCCUACAAUUUCCUCAAUGGAUCAAUUCCUGAAAGCCUAGGACAGUUGACUGCAUUACGCAGACUGAAUCUUAACAGCAACUCUCUGUCAGGAAGAGUUCCAGCUGCACUUGGAGGAAGGCUUUUGAAUGGAGCUAGCUUCAAUUUCACCGAUAAUGCUGGUCUCUGCGGCAUACCUGGAUUACGUACAUGUGGACCCCAUCUCUCUGCUGGUGCAAAAGUUGGCAUUGGCUUUGGUGCAUCUUUGUGUUUCUUACUGCUUGUUAUCUGUUCAGUGUGUUGGUGGAAAAGGCGGCAGAAUAUACUUCGAUCAAAGCAGAUUGCAGCAGCAAGAGGUGCUCCCUAUGCAAAGGCAAGGACCCACUUGUCGCAUGAUAUCCAGAUGUCGAGGCAUCAUAAUCAUGGCCAUGCUCGGACAGCUGCUGAGAAUGGACCUAGCUUGCUAUCGUGAUUAAUUAGUGUUCCAACUCUUCGUCUUGUUUGGGUUGCUGGAUUCUCAUUCGAUCAUGAAUACGAACUGCAGAACAACCUAGUUGAUUUGGCCCUCUCAGUUUCUUUAGUUCAUGAUGCUGUCUAAUCUUCCUUCCCUCCGGAAAUCAUCACCGGUAAAGCUGUAAAAAGCCUAUAGAAUCACAUCUAAAAGGUCAGAUACCUCAACAAUGACAGUAAAUGCAGCAAAGUGAAUCGUCUUGUACAUCGCUUCAAUUCUUUUUUUAAUCAAUCUUGGCAAAAGAAAUCUUGUAACAGAUUGAAGAACUAGUGCAUAUACAAAAUCAAUAUUUAUCCACCUAAUCUUCUCUGUAGUAAAUUCAGAAAGGAAAUCGACGUCGACUGGCUCCAUCGGGUCCUGGCAGAAUGGAAACAGUGGACAUAAUUCUCACAGGAGUAAGCUGUAAGCUUAUUUUCUUUGCUUAUAUGUUUAUAUGCUUAUAUUUUCUUUGCUUCGUUUUCUUUUUCAAGAGACUGCUGUUUAGAAUGUUAGCAAAUGUGUAUGUCCAACCGGUCAUGUUUUUCUUUUACAAUUCUAUGCAAAUAAAUUUUUAUGAUGACUUGGG